GACAUCGUGAUGACACUGAAGGAAAAGCUUUCUCUAAGCCGCAUUGAACACUUCUCCCUGGUGCUGGAGCAGCAGCACAGCAUCACCAAACUACUGCUGCUGCAUGAUGAGGAAAGGAUACAGCAGGUGGUCCAGAAGAAAGAGGCCCAUGACUACAGAUGUCUGUUCCGUGUUUGUUUCUUGCCGAAAAGCCUCCACGCGCUGCUGCAGGAAGAUCCCGCUGCCUUUGAGUACCUCUACCUGCAGGGUGUGAACGAUGUGCUGCAGGAGCGCUUUGCAAUAGAGAUGCGGUGCAACACGGCCCUGCGACUCGCCGCUCUGCACAUCCAGGAGAGGCUGGCGAGCUGUGGACACUCACAGAAGACCAACUUGAAGAUGAUCACGAAGACGUGGGGCAUAGAGAACUUUGUGUCAUCCACACUGUUGAGAAACAUGCGAGAGAAAGACCUGAAGAAAGCCAUCACUUACCAUAUGAAGAAGAGCCAGUCACAGAACGACCCCAAGCAGAAGGGCCUGUCAGUGGAUCAGACUCGCAUCAACUACCUGGAGGAGCUGUGUGAGCUCAAGUCAUUCGGAGGGAAAUCCUUCAGUGCCACCAUGAUGCUUCAGGACAGGGAGUCAAUGGUGACCUUGUUGGUGGGGGCGCGCUACGGGGUGAGUCAGGUGGUCAACCACAAACUGAGCAUUCUGUCCACCCUCACAGAGUUCACCUGCAUCACACGCAUCGAGCUGCUGCCUGAAUCCGACAAGGUCAGCCUGGUCAAAAUAUACCUGCAGGACAUCAAGCCCAUCACAUUGCUAUUGGAGUCAGCGGCCGCCAAAGAUAUGUCCUGCCUAAUAGCAGGGUACUGUCAAGUGUUUGUUGACCCCAACCUGAACAUCUUCCCCUGGAUACAUGUGUCCAAGAAGCACCGAGUGUCUGCUGAGGAAGGUUACGUGUCACGGUGUGGCAGUGACUCGGACACCUCCUCAGACUUGGGCAUGGACGCGCUGAUCACCAAGGCGUCACAUGACGACAGGCCGCGCCCUCGCAUCAGAUCCUCAUCAGACCCAGACGGGAGAAAAAGAAAAGACAGAAACAGAAGGAGAAACAAAGACAGCAAAGAAAAGGGGGAUAAAACAUGGGAGGAGAAUAAAAAGCAAAAGGAAGAAAAGGAUGCUGACACGGAAAAGGAAAAGUCUCCCUUGAGUAAAAACAGAGAGAGUAAGAAUGAAGAGACACAGAACAAAGAGGAGACGGAAAAGCUGCAGGAGGGUCAGCAAACAAAGAUCGAGAUAAGGGAACAUUAUUCUGGGGAACUACGGGAGAACGUGGGACAAGAAAGUCGAUGUGACGAAGACGUUCAUGCAGCAGAAGAGCAUCCUUCGGUAUCAGAAGCAUCUGAUUCUCUGAACACAGACUCUCGUGUCAUCACCAGCCCCUCCAGCGACUCCCUCGACGCUUUGGAGGAAGACGACCUAGUUUCAUGUUCUUCCUCGUUCACGGUCCUCCCCAACGCUCCAUCACAAACACUCAAUAGCCACUCUCCCCUUCAGCUCCACCAUUACUCCCACAAUCAGGUUCAUCCUCAUCUCCUCGCCCCUCCACCAGCUCACGCCCAUCCCCUCAUCCACCUCACAGCUGACGACAGACGACAAGGAGGAGGCCUCAGGAGGUCCAACGACCGAGCCGAUCCCCAACUCCUCUCCUCCGUCCCCCCCUCUUCGAGCCUUCACUGCAUCCAAAAAUGUCCCAGCAACCCCUGCUCCGACGACAGCUCCCUGUGUUUCGCCGAGCUCUCCCUUCUGGUGGACUUCCUGCCGAGCCCUCCAGAGGCCAGCGACGACGAUGAAGAAGCGGAAGAGGAGUUAAGGAGGAGGAAGAGGAGGAAGGGGAAGAUGUUGAAAGAAACAGGAGAGUGUGUGAGAGGUGAAAGUGGAAGCAUAAGCGUGGAGGGCAGUCUCAGAGAACACCCACUAACCCCCUCCCCAUCCUCCUCCAACCUGGAGUUUGUCUUCAACUUCGACCAAAGUGACGCUCGCUGCUACUACAAACUCUGCUCUAACAUCACCCCCGACAGCGCCCGCAGCCUUCCCUGCCCCCCGGAUCAUAACGAGGGAGGAGAUUGGGUGAAGGUGAAGGCAGAUCCGGCUGAGGCGGUUUACCUGGAGCCCAUCCCCAUUCUUCAGCCACCACCGGGGUUUGGAGACAGCAGCUCUGACGAGGAGUUCUUCGACGCCAGAGAUCGCUUCACCUCGCCUGUGGACCCAGCCUUAGACGCCAUCCCAAGAGAUAUUCGUUCAGACAUGAAACUGGACUUCCACAGCGCACUCAGCCUGAGUGACAUCAGUGUCUCUGUGGCAGACGAAGACAGAGCAGAAGAAGAAAAAGAAGAAGAAGAAGAUAAAAAAGACGUAGAGGAGGAAGGAGGAGGCAUAGAAACAUUGUUCCAGCUCAGAAAAAGAUCUCGGAAGCGACGUUCCUUCAUGGAAACUGAUUUCACCUCUACGGUGUCAUUUCCGGAGCCAGAUCCAGAAAAGUCAGACCAGGUUUUCAACAGGCUUCGUAACAACAUGUUGGCAGAUUCCAGUGAUGCAGAGAUGCUGAGUUUAGAUCCUGAACCUUCAGAACAAACGCAGAACCCCUGUCCUACUGUCUCCUCUUUGAAUCACUCCGAAGGGGAACCGGCUCAGCUCGAGUCCAAACCCAUCCUGUCCAAACCCCGCUUGCAUGGAUGUAGCUCUCCUUGUGGUUUGGGGUCUCAUGAUCAGAGUAGAGACCCCUCGAGAAGCAGGAAACAGGAAAUGGAGAUGGAACCCGAUGCAAUGGAAUCAAAAUCGGUCACAGAUUUGGUGAAGGCAGCGUCUCCUACGAUAACUAUUGUCCGCUGCCGGAUGGAUCCAGACGAGAAGGAGGAAAGGAAAGAAAAGGUGGAGAUGGAUAAGGGGAAAGACGAGGAAGAGGAAACAUCAGGUGUGUCAGGGAAUGGGCCGUUCAUUAAUCAUAUGUUUUUGCCAGAAUACACUAAGGAGGGAGGUAAGGGGGAAGAAGAGAAGACGGAGGGGGUGGAAGGGGCGAGUUUGGCGAGUUCAGAUAGACAACUUAUAGAAGCUCAGAAGCAACCGGAGGCCAACACGCUGCCUACACGUUUGAAAGAUGUUAAUGCAAAGAGUAGUAAUGGCCUUUUUGGAGCACAUGUGUUUGCCGUAGAGGAACAUCUACUUAAAGGUGUGUGUGAAAAUUCAAACCCUCACUCAUACUCACCACCACCCCCUCCACCCACAACCCCUCUACCAGUUCUUCCCAAAUCACAGAGUGAUUGUUUUGUUAGUGGAAAAGGCAGCAUUAAAAACACAGGGUCCUCAACCAAAAUGUCUUCAUCUAAUUCUGAGAUGUCACUGGGCAAACAAGGUCCCACUGAAAAAGCAAAACUAUAUUUAGACUUCACCACCCGUUUUAAUGAGGACACCAUCGGUGUUAGCACUCCUAGCGAUGAAGUUACCGACAGCACCAAUUCAGACAAUGUUUUUGAUGAUGAUGAAUUGGAUAACUCCUUAAAUUCUGGUUCAAUGGUGACCACACAGAAUCUAAACGGGCCAGGUCUCCCAUUUCAUAGUCAGUCCCAGAUAGUAGGACAGACCAGUGGCAACAGACCUUUGAUGGGUCUUUGUAGAGCUCCAGAGCAGACUUCCGACUCACCAAAAACACUUUCUUCUGUCUGCAAGGUCUUUACCAUCUGUGAGGAUCCGUCCAAGACAAAGGACCCAGUCGAGGUGGGAUCUGCACAAGCCUUGAAGACUCAGUUUGGCUGCAAUUCUUUGCAAGAGUCUGUAUGUGAGUCGGUUGUGGAAGGGUUGCAAGUGCCGCUGGAUGCUUGUGGUUGCCCAACGUUGCCCUACACAAACUGCUUCGGCAGCGGGGACAGCUUUGACGAGGAGCUGACGGUCUACGAGUUCUCCUGCCGCACUCAGAACAGCGGCGUGACGCAGACUUCAGGAGCAGGUCUUCCUCUCAUCACCUCCCCACCUGUUCCCUCCUUUCUCUCCACCUCUUCCACCUUCUCUCCGUCCUUCCCGCGCUCCAUCCAUUUCUCCACUUCUACCUCUGAGCUCAGCCCUCUCCUCUCACCGUUGUCUGACGCCUCAGAUAAUUUCCAGUCUCAAACGCACAAGGACACCAUCAGUGGGCUAGGCCAGCAGCGCUACCCAGAACCCCCAACAGGAUUCCAGGUACUUCGCGUGGACGUGGAUCAGCUCCUUACGAUUCUGGAAAGCAGCGGUGCUGACCGAUCUAUGGCAAACCAUGGAGGUCGCCACCCUAGAGACACCUGUCCGGCACACUUUACAGAGAACAAGAGAUUGCUGCAGAUAGAGGCACGGCGGCUGAUGUCAGGCUGCCAGAAGGUGGUGGGUAUCGGACAGAGCCCAGAAGAGAUGCUCCUUUCCCUGGCCAAUAGUUUCCGGACCCUGGUUGAGUUGGCAGGUAUAUGCCUCUGGUUCUCUGGUUGUGAAAGGUGCGACCGGAGGAACGCAGAGGCGGUCGCAGGUCUGGCUGACGUGGCUCGUUCGUUCAGAGACUUCUGUCUGGCCGCAGAGCGAGCCAGCAGCAAGCGCAGCUGCCAGGAUCUGAGCACCAAGCUGCUAGCCAAACAGUGCACCGCGCUCACCGCCUCGGUUUUCUGCCUCACUCAGCUGUUCCGCACCCUCACUGCACUAUGA